GCUUACAGUCCCUCCGUGCAUCUCACUCCAUCUCCGGCGCCCCUCUGUCCCCGGCCCCGCUCCGUCCCGCCUCUCCCGUCCAUCUCUCCAUCUUCAACUCUUGCUCUGCAACGCUUCAACUCACCUCCGGUUAUCAUCUCCGUCUUGUCAACAAACUCCGUUCACACUCAAGUCCAUCCGCUCUCAGCCAGUCAGCAUGUCCAAGGCCCAAUUUCUGCGUGAAUAUAAGCUUGUCGUCGUCGGUGGUGGUGGUGUUGGGAAGUCUGCCUUGACAAUCCAAUUCAUCCAAUCACAUUUCGUCGAUGAAUAUGAUCCUACCAUCGAGGAUUCUUACCGUAAACAAUGUAUCAUCGACGAAGAGGUCGCUUUGUUGGACGUGUUGGACACCGCCGGUCAAGAAGAAUACGGCGCUAUGCGAGAACAAUACAUGAGGACCGGAGAGGGUUUCCUCCUUGUUUACUCCAUUACUUCCAGAAGCUCUUUCGAAGAAGUAUCUACAUUCCACCAACAAAUUUUGCGAGUUAAGGAUAAGGACUACUUCCCAGUAGUCGUAGUAGCGAAUAAAUGUGAUUUGGAGUACGAAAGGCAGGUCCAGCCACAUGAGGGGCGUGACUUGGCUAAAAGGUUCAAUGCCCAAUGUAUCGAAACAUCUGCCAAGCAACGAGUAAACGUGGACGAGGCCUUUAUUGCCGUCGUACGAGCCAUCAGAAGAUACCAAAAGGAGUCUGGUCCUCCUCAGGCUGUGAAUGCUCCCGCCAAAUCUCAGAUGAGCGCUGUCGGUGGUCGAGCAGCUGAAAAGGAUGAUCAUGUCGAUAAGGGAUGCUGUAGAGGAUGCGUCGUCCUCUAAGGGAGUGCGUAGAGCUAUAGAGGCACAUCUCUGGACAUAUUGUUACUAUUUACUUGUAUACAGCGUUUACUAGUAGGGCCGAUUGAGAUUGAUGAUGAGUGACGCGUUUUGAAAGAAAAGGUUCGCUGUUUUUUUUCCUCGAUACCACCACCACUAGGGUUUGCCAGCUGUGAGCGGGCGUAGAUACCUGCAAUGCAGGUGCUUUGUGAAGCAUGAUAAAUUAUUAUAAUUUA